UGAUUGGUUUGAUUGUGAACCCCUAAGAAAUAUGUCCAUUCCAUUGGUAGGCUGGAGUUCAACGUUUCCUUCUUGCGUUUCGUCCCACUGUCAAAUCUGCUAGCUAGCUGCUCCUGCUGUGGUUCAUUGUUCUGGGAUUAGUAUUUAAACGUGUUACAAAGAAUGAGAAGAGUUACUCUUUUUGUGAACGGGACGUCCAAAAAUGGCAAGGUUGUAGCUGUGUAUGGGACCUUGGCCGACCUGUUAUCUGUAGCAAGCAAUAAGUUGGGAAUCAAAGCCUGUAAUUUAUACAAUGGAAAAGGUGGUCUUAUAGAUGACAUAGCGCUCAUCAGGGAUGAUGAUGUUUUGUAUGUCUCAGAGGGAGACCCCUUUGUUGACCCACAGAAUGAUGUCAGGACUACAGACGGCCUGCCUAGGGCACAGACAGAUUGGCUGACCCUUAAUAUUGGGGGGCGUCUCUUCACCACCACACGCAGUACCUUGGUCAGCAAGGAGCCAGAGAGCAUGCUUGCUCACAUGUUCCGGGAGAAGGAUGUAUGGGGUAACAAGCAGGAUGAACGUGGGGCUUACCUGAUUGACCGCAGCCCAGAAUACUUUGAGCCUAUUCUUAAUUACCUGCGACAUGGCCAGCUCAUUAUCAAUGAAGGUAUCAAUUUACUUGGGGUUUUGGAGGAGGCUCGAUUCUUUGGAAUUGAGCAGCUGGCUGAUCAGUUGGAAGUAGCAAUAAAGAAUAACCAGCCACCUGAGGACCACUCUCCCAUCUCUCGCAAGGAGUUUGUUCGGUUUCUGCUGGCUACACCCACCAAAUCAGAGCUCCGCUGUCAGGGACUUAAUUUCAGUGGUGCUGAUCUCUCUCGCCUCGACUUGCGCUACAUCAACUUCAAGAUGGCCAACCUGAGUCGCUGCAACCUGACACAUGCCAACCUAUGUUGUUCAAACCUGGAGCGUGCUGACCUCUCUGGGGCCAACCUUGAUGGUGCUAACUUGCAGGGUGUAAAAAUGCUCUGUUCAAAUGCUGAGGGGGCGUCUCUCAAAGGAUGUAAUUUUGAAGACCCGUCUGGUCUAAAGGCCAACUUGGAGGGUGCCAAUCUAAAAGGUGUUGACAUGGAGGGAAGUCAGAUGACUGGAAUUAAUCUGCGUGUGGCCACUCUAAAAAAUGCUAAACUGAAGAACUGUAACCUACGGGGUGCCACUUUGGCAGGAACUGAUCUUGAGAAUUGUGAUCUGUCUGGCUGUGACCUACAAGAGGCCAACUUGAGAGGGUCCAAUGUGAAGGGGGCCAUUUUUGAAGAGAUGCUGACUGCAUUGCACAUGUCUCAGAGUGUCAGAUGACUCCCCUGCACAUUCCACCUGGAUUCAGGCUGGUUAAUCUCAUGAAUGCCUGGCAACGAUGUUAUUAUGCCAGCAAAUCCCACCCACCCCUACUAUCAAGCUUCCUGGACCCUUAUGCAAUACAUGCAUUUUAUGCACAUCCCUGGCAUCCCACAUCCCUUCCACCUGAUAUACUAGCUUUAAAUCUCUUGCACUAGAGCACAUCCAGGGUUAUCCAUUUCUGUUAUGUAGUGGAAUAUUUUAAAUGUCUGACUGUCUUAUUUUUUUCCCCAAACCAAAAUAUUGAAUGUUCUUUAUGUAUGUUUACUAUUAUAUCUGGAUUCAAUCCUAACUUAUUAUUAUUUUUAUGAUUUCUAGAUGUGUGUUUUCUAGAUUAUUUAAUGUCUGUAAAUCAAAGAUUAUCAAACUAUAAGUGCAUGAAAGUAAAAAAGGGCCUCAAUCAAGACUGUGGUAAAGCAUAAAUGGGAGAUGACAUUGUGUGACUGUACAUUCUUAUCAAUGUACUUAAAGUUCCAGAUAUGCUUUAUGAUUAGGAUGUUUAUUUUCUAAGUCAAAGCCAUACCGUAGCAUGGUGAAAAUGGCAAAAAUAAUUUGCUGUUAUUGCACCACACAAUUAUGCUGUGGAAUUAAUUUCAUAUAAGACUGUGGGUGUUGAACUGUUUUCAACAGAAUUUCAAGUAUGCAAUGUACUCUUUCCUUGCUGCCUGUCGUUUUUGGUGUUCUCCGUGAAUCUACCUCCUUAUUUUCUACCCCUGUCUGAUAUCUAGUUGCAUGCAUUUCACUGUAGUUUUGGCCCCUUUUGUAUGAAAUUCAUCAUAUCCAAAUAUUAUCAAAGUGAAUGUGUGUUUUAAUUGUGUUACUGUCAUGUUCAAGCUUGUGUAGCACUUAGUUGUAUAACACUCCCCUCAAGGAGACCACAACCAAUGAACAGGGCAUAUCAUUCAGUCAUGUCUUGAAAUUUUGCUUUGCACAAAUGUUUAAAUGGUAUGUUUUGGUCAGUAACUUCAGUUUUACUCACUCAUAGGACACCAAGUUAAAUGUGCUUGUAACAUAAUGUAUUUCAAAUCUAGUGCUUCCAAAACAAAUAUCGGGUGUGUUUCUCUUUUUUCCCUGUCUAUAAUUAUUGCACUCAACCACAAAAAUGUAAUUCAAUAAAUUACUGGAUUUUUUUUUUUUAAGUAUCUGUGUAAUGAAUUACUUGUGCAAAUUAAAUAAUGCUAUCUUUUCACUAACUUUCCAAAAUAACUGCCCUGUGCCUAAUUCAUUUCAUUGUUGCUGCUGUAAAAGUGCCCAAUCAUACCCGAAGUAUUUUAGGCUUUUAAAAGGCUCUUUGGGUUCCUGAAGUGGAGAUACUUAGUGCUGCUCUGCAAUAUAUGUUUGAGUGGAUCCUUUUGUCUUUAAUUCCACUUUUUUUGUGACCUCUGGUGAAGUGAUGGGACUAAGGGGCCAAUAAAACCUCAGACACAUUAACUGCUCAGAGUAAGGCUGACUAUUUGAAGAAUAGAAGACAAACAUUUCCGGUUGUUGCUGCUGCUCUUGGUGGUGGAACUACUAUCAACAUUGGUCCUUAUCCAAUGAUGGGAGGGAUGUUCCUAUAGUUGCAUAGUAAAUUCUAGCUAAAUGACAAUUCUACAGAUGGCUGAAGAUGGAGUUUGUUUGGCUGUGAUGUCUCACCUCAUGCCAAAAUGUACAGACUAAGGGAAUUUGUGAGUGACAUUUACAAUUUUGCAAAUAGGGCAGUUUCCCUUCAAGAAGCUACCCAGAAGUUGAAAAUAAAUGGAAAUUGUGUUGGUAGUUACUUUUUUCAUUGUGUUUUUUUUCUCAAGGUUUUAUCCAAAUUGUAAACUAUAUUUUUAAUUUAGUUUUUUUGUAGGCAACCCUCGCUGACAGAAAGUGGACUCAAAAAUAUAUUGCAAAUGUAUGCUAACGAUAAUAAAAAUUGCAGUGCCA